AUGACGGCACAAACAACAGCCAUGGAGGCUCUUCAGAAGGAACUGGACCGGCUCAACCGGGCACCAGGUCUGUCCGCGACAGAAGACAGGGUCGACAAGAUUAUUGAAAUGCUCACCUCGGUGAAGGACCAAAUUGUUCAAAGUGGCAUGGACACACACGUAGCCAGCAUGUCCAUCACGAGAAUUCAGAACCCCAUCAAAUCAACCUUUGAAAAAAUAAACGACGAUCUCAAAGGCGUGACAGCAACUCAGAGGAAGCUGGGCAAGACGCUGGACAAGCACUUUCCUCUCAAGGACCUACCCUCAACACAUGACGCUAUGGCUGACCAGGAAUCCUUGAUAAAUCGUGCCAUUUCUAUGCAUUUGCUGCGCGAGGGACAGUUCUCGGUAGCCUCAACUUUCAUAGAGGAAACGGGGGACGCGGCAACUCUUGAAAACGUCAACGCGGUAGGCGAGGGUCAAGAUCAGGUGAGCGCGAGCGAUAACUAUGAUGACGAGCCAAUGGAUGAAGACAGGGAUGAUGAUGAUGAUGAUGACGAAGACGACGACGAUGACGACGACGACGAAGACGAGUACAUGAGCCCCCUCGAAGGCGCUGCCACAGGUUUGGGCUUCAGACAGCUCCAGAACCUCUCAUCCCUCCAAUCCCACGAACUCGAAGCGAAAUUCUCCCAGAUGUACACCAUCCUACAAGACAUCAAGUCCCGGAACCUGCUCUCGGCAAUAGAAUGGGCCCGGAGCAACUCGGGCGAGCUCGAAGCCCGCGGCAGCAACCUCGAGUUCGAACUGAGCAGGCUGCAAUACGUCUGGCUCUUCAAGGGUCCCCGUGUCAACGGCCUGCCCGACAACGAGCUCAACGGCACAGCAGGAGCACUCUUGUACGCCCAACAAAAUUUCUGGCGGUUCGGCAACCGCUACAUCGGCGAGAUCCAACAGCUCGCCAACGCGCAGAUCUACGCUCGCAACCUUUCCGAGUCGCCCUACAGGCACAUCUUCUCCACGGAAACCGCCUUUGCGGACGUGGCCUCGUCCUUUACGCGCGAGUUCUGCAGCCUCUUGGGCUUGUCAGCCGAAUCCCCCUUAUACGUCGCCGUAACAGCCGGCGCGCUGGCUCUUCCACUCCUAAUCAAGUACCAACAAGCCACCCGAGCCAAGGGAACCGAGUGGACAACCACAAACGAGCUAGCCUUCGAAACUCCGCUCCCCGAACGCAUGCUCUAUCAUUCCAUCUUUGUUUGUCCCGUCUCCAAGGAGCAGACCACCGAACAAAACCCGCCCAUGAUGAUACCUUGCGGACACGUGCUGGCCAAGGAGACGUUGCAGAGGCUGCUGAAGGGAACGCGCUUCAAAUGUCCGUAUUGUCCGGCCGAGGGGUUGGAGAAAGAUGCCAGGCGCAUCAUGAUUUAG